CACUCGCAUAACCGUAACGUAUAUUUUGUUUGUUGCCGCUCGGUCGCUUCGCGACGCAUUGUCUGCAUGCGUGUGUUUGUGUGAGUGUAUUUUGUAUUGUGUUUUCGGUUUUGACCAACUUAAACUACGUUGAGUUCUUUCGUGUCUCUCGGCAGCAAAUACAAUCAUUGCCAAAGUACACAGCAAUACAAAUUAGUCAUUAAUAUAAGUGAAUUCCAUACCUGAGCGAUUAAUAAUACUAGUUUGUACAACAACAACACCAAUAAUAACAACGUCGAGCAAAUUACAUCGUGUGUAGACUUUUGAUUGCUUGCUUAUAAUUGUUGUUAUUUAUUCACGUUCGCGCUCUCGACUCUUCGCGCUGCCUGCAUUUGUGACGUCAUUGGAGACUCUAUGAAGCACGUGGAGAAUUGCAAUUAAAUUCUUAUCUUGUUGAUUCGCAAUUUGUGAUACGUCAUUAUAUUCGAAGAAAAAAACACAUAGACAGGAUAUGACGAACUGAAUUGAACUAACAAAAUGGCGAAAGUAUCGAAUUGGGAUAAAUUCGUACUGUUGCUAUGGAAAAAUGCAGUUCUACAAUUGGCCCACAAGACUCAAUUUAUUAUCGAAUUGCUAAUACCGCCGUUGUUUAUGUUAUUAGUCGUUAUGAUUCGAUGUACUUUUACGCCUGCCGUAAGCCCAAUUGCGGAAUAUCAACCAUAUGAUAUAGAUAAUUUGAAAGGGUUUAAAGCAAAUUACGAUGCUGCACAUACUAUGCGCAAGUUUCUUUCCAAGAUAUUAUCAAAGUCAUCAGACAGCCAAUCGAUGCAAAUUCAAGCCGAAUCGAAAUAUCCACUCUUUGCCAUUUAUUAUGCGCCCAAAACUGAUGCACUGGACACUUUGGUUGGCGCUGCUGCGCAAAUGUUGGACAUACAAUAUAAUGGAUACGAGAAUGUCAAUGCAUUGGCAGAUGCGGUAAAAGCAUCGAAUGCAUUUGUUGGCGUUGAAUUUGAGGGCGAUUGGUCCGAUCCCGAUAAUAUGCCCGAUCAAUUGCAAUUCUCAUUGCGUUUCCCAUUCGAAUUGCGAACGGUGUCAGUGUUUCAAAAUCUUUGGUAUACGGGACGAUUAUUUGAUACCUAUACAAAAGGUGGCCCCCGCGAACCUGAAAUCAACACUGGCGGUAAUCCGAGUUACAUUAACGAGGAAUUUUUACCCGUUCAGCAUGCACUGUCCAAAACCUUUAUUCAACUCAAGUCAAAGGUUGAUGAUUUGCCCGACAUUCAGAUGCAGCGGUAUCCGUUUCCAUCGUAUGUGGACGACCAGUUCCUCCAGCACGUAGGUGAAAUGAUGGCGAUGCUUAUAAUGUUCAGCUUCAUCUAUCCAAGCCUAUGCAUUGCCCGGUAUAUAACCAUGGAGAAGGAGAAACAGCUGAAGGAGGUGAUGAAAAUCAUGGGAUUAAGUAAUUGGUUACAUUGGACCGCGUGGUUUGUGAAGAACUUUAUAAUGCUGACGAUAUCAGCGAUAUUGAUCGUCAUAUUGUUAAAGAUACCUUGGACGAAUAAUUUAGCCGUGUUCCAACAUUCCGAAUUUACGGUUGUGCUCUUGUUUUUCAUCGUCUACAUUAUAUCGGCGAUCACAUUUUGCUUUAUGGUCGCACCGUUCUUCUCCAAGGCAAGCACAGCGGCCGCUGUCAUGGGUCUCUUGUGGUUCCUCACCUAUUUGCCCGCCACGGGCAGAGGUUAUGACUCGAUGUCGUUGGGCACGAAACUCGGUUGGAGUUUGUUAGCGAAUUCAGCGAUGACUUUUGGCUGCAAAUUGUUGAUGCAGUACGAGAUGUCGGGCGAAGGUUUAAAAUGGAGCAAUCUAUUCACAGAGUCCUCGGCCGAUGAUUCCUUAUCGAUGGGUCUGCUCUUGAUAAUGAUGCUCGUCUCCAGCGUCAUUUACAUGAUCAUCUGUCUGUAUGUCGAACAAGUGUUCCCGAGCAAAUUUGGUAUGCCACGCAAAUGGUAUUUCCCCUUUACACGCUCAUUCUGGUGCGGAUCCCGCGACUACGGUGGUGUCGAGGAUAUCAACGCAUAUCGCGAACAGACGGACAAAAGAAGUAACACCUUUGAAGUGGAACCGGAUGACAAGCACGUGGGGCUGCAGUUGAAGAAUUUGCAUCGCAAAUUUGGUAAUCACGUGGCCGUUAAGGGGAUUACAAUGAACAUGUUUGAGGAUGAGAUCACCGUGCUCUUGGGUCACAAUGGUGCCGGCAAAACGACAACCAUAUCGAUGAUCACGGGAAUGUUGAAGCCGACAGCCGGAACGGCGAUCAUCAAUGGCAGCGAUAUACGCACCAAUUUGGAGGGUGCUCGCAUGUCCCUCGGCAUUUGUCCACAGCAUAAUGUCUUGUUCGACGACAUGAGUGUGGCGAAUCAUUUGCGUUUCUUCAGUCGCCUGAAGGGACUCCGGGGUGCCGAUGUGAAGCGUGAGGUGGACAAGUAUUUGAAAUUGAUUGAGCUGCAGGACAAGGCGAAUGUUUUGUCAGCCAAACUGUCCGGUGGCAUGAAGCGUAAGCUCUCAAUUUGCUGUGCCCUCUGUGGCGACACCAAGGUCGUGCUCUGCGAUGAGCCCAGUUCGGGAAUGGAUCCCGCGGCCCGGCGACAACUCUGGGAUCUGCUGCAAAAGGAAAAGGUCGGACGCACUCUGCUCUUGACCACACAUUUCAUGGACGAGGCUGACGUGCUGGGCGAUCGCAUUGGCAUCAUGUGCGACGGCGAUCUGCGGUGCUAUGGCACCUCUUUCUUCCUCAAGAAGCACUACGGUUCAGGAUAUACUUUGAUCUGUGUAAAGGAAGCCGACUGUGUGGUGGAGGAUGUGACCGCCUUGCUGGCUCUCUACAUACCCGGCAUUGAGCCGAAGAGCGACAUUGGCACUGAGCUAACCUACGAGCUGCCCGAUCAGUAUUCCGGGCGUUUUGAGAAGAUGUUGGGCGCACUCGAGGAUCGCUCGAAGGAGCUGCAUCUCAGCGGUUACGGUGUGGGCAUCACAACGAUGGAGGAGGUCUUCAUGAAGGUGGGCGCCGAAACGCAUGCCGCUGUACAAUCGGAUGGCACUCAAGGUCGCUUGGAGAGUGGUGGUGGUGCUGGUGGUAUUGGAAGAGCAGGAAAGGAGGAGAAGAAGAAGGAAACAAUCAAUGAUGCUGCGAAUGAUGAUGACACCGAAUCGAUGCCAUCGCACACGGAAUUCUCGCAACGUCGCCGUUCGUUGCGUGGCUUAAAGCUGACCAAGAAUCAAUAUCAUGCCAUGUUCCUAAAGAAAAUGCUCUUCACGCUUCGCAACAAAUUGCUGUUUGCCUUGCAGAUCAUAAUGCCAAUUGUGUUUGUGGUGCUCAGCUAUGUUAUGUACAAGUCGGCCGAAGGGAAACGCGGAGCACCCCCGAUGACUGUGGAAGUCAAUCAAUAUCCGGACACCGUAGUUCUGCUCGACCGUGGAGCGAAUUUGAAGGGUCUGAGCAACGGUGUGGCCGAUCAAUAUGAGAAAAUUGCGAAAUCGUAUGGUGAACGGCAUCUCUAUGAGACUGUCCACAACUUUACGGCACACAUACUCGAUCUGCACGAUGUACAAUCGCGUGUGAAUAGUCGCUACGUGGCCGCUGCCAGCGUAAUCAGUAAUGAUCUGAUAAUCGCAUGGCAGAACGCUUUUCCAUUGCAUACAGCCCCCUUGUCGGCGAAUUUGGUGCACAAGGCAAUUGCUCGGGCAACGAUCAAUGAGAAUGCGGACAUCAUUGUGACAAAUGCACCGUAUCCGGAAGUGCCAUCGCCCGAUAUGUCGGUAAUAAAUCUGAUUUUCUCAUUCGGCUCACAACUCGGCGGGAAUUUGAGCUUUUGCAUGUGCUUUCUCAGUUCGUUCUAUUUGUUCUCGCUGAUCAAGGAGCGAGCAUCACGGGCUAAGUUGUUACAAUUUGUGAGCGGAGUGCGUGUGUUCACGUUUUGGAUAACGCAAUUCGUGUGGGACUUUGUCACAUUCACGUUCACUUUCAUCGUGAUCAUGAUAACGAUAAUAUGCUUCCAGGAGGAACCAUUCACCACAUUCACACAGCUGGGACGUUACUUUUUAGUGUUGUUGGUCUUUGGCUUUUCCGCACUGCCCUAUACGUAUUUGUUGUCGCUGUUUUUUAAUGCGCCCGCAAUUGGUUUUGCCGUCACCACGAUAAUCAAUGUAUUCGUUGGCGUCGCUCUCUACGUUGUGGUCAAAGUCAUGGAAGAGGACAUUUUUAAAAUUAAGGGCACUGCAGCGGCCAUUAAACAUGUCUGUCGCAUUUUUCCACAUUACACACUGCAAGAAGGCCUCUUCAAAUCCUUUGUAUUGGCCACCAAAGAGACCACGUGUGAUGCGAUCGAUUUGCCGCCAAUACUUCGUUGUGAAUUGAUGCCAACAUGCUGCAAGAUACCGAGUUUCUUUGAUAUGGAAGAGCUACUGGUGGAUAUCAUUUAUAUGCUGGUAUCAGGAGUUGUGUUUUUCCUAAUUGUAAUUGUGCUCGAGUACAAUCUGUUCAAUGAACUUCUCUAUUUGAUACGCAAACGCACCAUCAAGCCACCACCGCCCCCAGAGGAUGGUUACUUCAAUGACGAUGUGGAGAAGGAGCGACAACGCAUCCUCAACAUGAGCAGCGAUCAAAUCUCAGCAAAGAAUCUAGUCUUGGAUCGUAUGACCAAAUUCUAUUCAUCUUUUCUGGCUGUCAAUCAGGUGUCGCUCUGCGUGGAAGAAGCUGAAUGCUUUGGCCUUUUGGGUGUGAACGGUGCCGGGAAGACAACCACAUUCAAGAUGCUGACGGGCGAUGAGAGAAUCAGCUUUGGUUCUGCCUAUGUGCAGGGCUUAAGUUUGGAGUCCGACAUGAAUCGAAUCUACGAGCGAAUUGGCUAUUGCCCGCAAUUCGAUGCGUUGCUCGAGGAUCUCACCGGACGCGAAGUGUUGCGCAUCUUUUGUCUGUUGCGCGGCAUUCACUCGCACAACACGAAAAGGAUAUCGGAGGAGUUAGCCAAAGCGUUGGGUUUCAUCAAGCACAUCGAUAAGCGAACGUCCGCCUACAGUGGCGGCAAUAAGCGUAAGCUGAGCACUGCGAUUGCCUUGAUCGGUCGUCCGUCCGUUGUCUAUUUGGAUGAACCGACCACGGGCAUGGAUCCGGCUGCCCGACGACAGCUCUGGAAUGUCAUUUGUAGUGUUCGUGAUUCGGGAAAAUCGAUUGUGCUUACCUCGCACAGCAUGGAGGAAUGCGAGGCGCUGUGCACACGCCUUGCCAUUAUGGUGAAUGGUGAAUUCAAGUGCAUUGGUUCCACGCAGCAUCUGAAGAACAAAUACUCCAAGGGUCUCGUGGUCAAGAUCAAAGUGCAUCGCGGUCGCGAAGCAAUGCGCGUCUCACAGAUCUCACGAGGCAGCAGAUAUCGCACACAGGGAUCGGAUUCGGAUUCCGUCCCAUCCACGCCGGUGGCAUAUGCCAAUACCAGCGCUCUCUCGCUGCGAAAGAGCAAUGGCAGUCUGAAUGAUAGUCAUAGUGACAGCACAGCUGAAGCGUCGACGAUCGGCACCGUUGCCUCAUUUAAUAAGCAACAGAUUGACGAUAGAGACGAUGAAGCUGUCGGCGCUGGCAACAUCAACGAUGUCAAGGAAUUUGUGCAAAGCAAAUUCCCCACAGCCAUAUUACAGGAGGAGCAUCAAGGCAUGUUGACUUAUUACAUUCCAUUGAGCGACAUCAAAUGGUCGAAAAUCUUUGGAAUGAUGGAGCGCAAUCGCAAAGAGUUGAAUAUCGAGGAUUAUUCGAUAAGUCAGACGACAUUGGAGGAGAUCUUCUUGGACUUUGCCAAAUUCCAACGCGAAGAUCCACGCAAGAUUAAUUAACGUUAUGUUAAGUAUAAGCGCUUUAACCUCGAUAGUAUUCAUAUGCCGUAGAAUUGUGACACGUGCUACAGAACGCACAAGUAUCAUGAUUUUAUAAAAAAAACACGUAGUAUGUAGUUGGCUUGCACCCACAAAAAAAGAGAAAGCUUUAUUUAAUUUUGCUUUGCUUUUACAAUAUGAUCGUGUAUAUAUAAAUAUAUAUUGCAUCUUGUCAGACGAAGACGAAGGAGAAAAGGCACCGGCAUCAAAAGGCAAGCUGCGGAAGCCACUGCGAUUGCUUAGAUUUGAUAUCUACUUAUUUCUACUACCUGAGAUGAUGUACCUAACAAUGAUAGUUAAAAUAAUGAGCUCAACGUCUAUGUAUUAAUUUUAUUAUAUAUAUAUAUUUAUAUAUAUAUACAAACGGAAUGUCUAACAAUGCCGUCGAAAAUGUAUUGCAAAGCACAGCACAACACACAAAAGAAAAAACGAUGUCAAUUUCGUUGGAAUAAUGAUGAUGAAACGAAGCGUAUAAGAUAUAUUUAUAAAGUUUGCUAAGAAUGUUAUUUUGUGACCAUUUAAUAAAAUUGAUAGUCUAAUUAAUGAAAUGUAAAAUUAAAAUUAAGCACUGUGACUCUUAACAAUGUUUCUACUACUAUAUUUAUAAGUGUUUAAAAUUACGCGGGGCGCUACACAAAACGACAUAUCGAUAAAUUUAUAUAGAAAGAUGUUAAUAAAUUUGAAUUUAUUUAUGUACAUUUCAAGCGAAUGAAA